UAACAGCAUUAUGUUGUUGCUACGUAAAACAUUAUUCCUACUCCCCUCAUGCCUCCUUUGCAUCUUAAUUCACUAAAAAAACGGUGAAAAUUGUAACAAAUUGGAAGAUGCAAGUGCGCUGAAAAAAACUAAUCAAGCAGAGUUUCGGCGAAUCGCCGAUGGAGCAGAAAAAAAAAGUUUGGAAUUUUUCUCCGCGAUGUCCGACGCAGCGCAGGAAAAAAAUUUUGUGACCUCACCGUUUUCGGUGUGGGCACUAUUGCUCAAAAAAAUGGAAGGCUCAGCGGGCAGUACACUGAAAGAGUUAACUACAAAAAAACAUAUAAGUGAAGAUCGUCCGGUGCUGCGCCAGAUCUUCAAAAAAAAACAACAGUUUUUAAAACGUAAGGCGUCAACAGUGCGCGUGGAGAGCUCCCAGGGCUUGUACUAUGAUAAAUACGAUUUCAAAAAAAACGAUUAUAUCAACACACUAACCACUUGCUACACCGCUAGAAAAAAAAGUUUGCCAUUCAACGACAGCCAAACAACAUUGAACGCCAUAAAAAAAGCGAUAAGUACGGAAACCAAUGGUCUCAUUAACAACGCCAAAAAAAAGGAGGACAUCGCCGAUGCUCGAUUAUUACUCACAUCCACGAAAAAAAUCAAAGGCCAAUGGCAGGUAUUAUAUAAUAUUUUUAUUAAAAAAACUUUCAAUAGAAGUGAGACGCGUCGCGAGGUCUUCUAUGAAAAAAAAGGCAAACCGGUUGGUGAGGUUGAAAUGAUGUUCCAAAUGAAAAAAAACAACUACACCAGAGUGCCGGACUUGGAGGCGCAUGUACUCAAAAAAACCUAUGGCAAUGAGAAUCGUCUAUGUAUGUUGGCGGUGCUAAAAAAAAAAGAAAAAAAAGUGAAUCAAGUGGUACAUAAUUUGCAGAAAAUCGGUGUGCGCCCAAUAUUCAAAAAACUAGAGGAAGAUGCUUUGGGCUUCGAUGAAAAAAAAGUGGAGGUGUAUUUGCCACGUUUCAACUUAGACUCUACCUAUCCACUGAGGGGCGCACUGGAACAGUUGGGCAUAAAAAAAAAUUUCAAUCCACAAACUGUUAAUUUUGAAGCUUUAUCAAAAAGUUUAUUCGUGAAGGACGUUAUACAAACUACGAAAAUAAUUGUGAAAAAAAAAGGCACCGAGGCAGCCGCUGCGGUUCUAGCAACCUUAAUCAAAAAAAAAUCACCACCUAAAUUCUAUUUUAAUCGUCCAUUCUUAUAUCUGAUUGCUGAAAAACGUUCAAAUACAAUACUAUUUGCCGGACAAUUAAAAAAACCACGUUUGAAUUAGAAUUAUUGCAAUAAAGUACAUACUUUAAACUAUA